GCCCCGCGCUGCCGGGCGCGUCCCCGCCCCUCCGCCAUGGCCGAUGUGGAGGACGGGGACGAGCCGGGCGCCCCCCACUCGCACCCGGGCUCUGCGGGCUCCAAGGCGGGCGCGCCCGACAAGAUGUUUUCGCUGAAGAAGUGGAACGCGGUGGCCAUGUGGAGCUGGGACGUGGAAUGCGACACCUGCGCCAUCUGCCGCGUGCAGGUGAUGGAUGCCUGUCUUAGAUGUCAAGCUGAAAACAAACAAGAAGAUUGUGUUGUGGUUUGGGGAGAAUGCAAUCAUUCCUUCCACAAUUGCUGCAUGUCCUUGUGGGUGAAACAGAAUAAUCGCUGUCCCCUCUGCCAGCAGGACUGGGUAGUCCAGAGAAUAGGCAAAUAAAAGCACUGGUAGUGGAGGUUUUUUCUGUUGAAUUUGUUGAAAUAGUAUAUGUCUUAUGCCACCUGCCCAAACAAAAGCAUGGAACAUGUCAACCAUGGCAUGAUUUAUUUAGUUUGUCUGCUGCAAGAACAGUGUGGUUUUGUUGGUUGCUCUUUGCUGUAGGAGGAGGCAAUGGUCAGUCUUACUGCAGGUAUUUCGACAAGUGAAGAGAGAGACAAAGCACUGACAAAUGUAUCUGUUCCGAUUUGAGAACUGACUGUAUUAGUGCAUGCAAUUGUGGUGGUGCAGAUUAGACCCUAAAUACAGUUUGCUUAAUGGUUUUGCAUAGAUAAAUGAAUUAAUUUGAAAGGGCAGCCUUAUUUGUAAGUCUGAUAUUCUGCAUAAUUUACUGUCAGGAUAAAUACAUUGUUUUCUAAGUAAUAUUGUAUACAAAAACACGGUGACUUUUUUAGAAACUUUUUUUUAAUCUAAAAUGAAUAGUGUGUAAAGCAUUGCUAUGGGAUUUUUCCAUCACACUAAACUAAACAUUUCUAACUUAGGCUUUCUUUAUGACUUUAGAAAAUUUUGUUUUGUUAUAUGUGUAAGUUUGUUGCUGUAAUAUAUUCUAUACAUGAUUUCUGCAGCCACAGUAUUAAAAUUUAACCUCAUUAAUAUUUUUUUAAUUUAUAUUUCUGUUAAAGAUUAUGGAGAUGUACUUUUAAUCCAGAUAUAUUGAUAACUAUUACUUAGAGGCAUAAACAAUCUCACUGGUUAGAUGACUAGUAUAGAAAGCAAACAAAACUCAUAAUUUAAAUGUCCCAAGGAAAGCAAGUAGUAAUAAAAUCUAGGGAAAAAUGUUAAAUUGUGGUUUCAGGAAAAUUCAGUAAAUAGAAAUUUCUGAAUAAUUUUGUUGGCUACAAUAUUUUGGAAGUGGGAGAAAGCAUUGUUUCAUUUUUGUGGAAACCCUCAAUAUGUCAUCUUUUUAAAAUGAAUUGUGAUUUUUUUUUUCUUAUAAAUAUUUAAAUACUU